GUCCUCUGAGAAAAAGCUGAACACUUCAACAUGAUGGUUUUGUUGUGGAUCCCUGUUUUGUUUCUUUGUGGACAAAUGAUGGCUGUCAAAGGAGACUGUAAUCGGAAACUUGAAAAUGGCCUAUUUGAUGACCUCAUUCAGAUGAUGCUGAAAAUCAGGGGACCUGGUCAUGACCAUUUACCCAAAAGAAAAGACUUUCCGGCUUUUACAGCAUACAGAGCAUCUACACAGUCAUUGUCUGUGAAGACUUCUGUCGUGUUCGACAAAGUUUGGACGAAUAAUGGAAAUGGAUACAACCCCAGUAGCGGUGUCUUCACUGCACCAAUGUCCGGACUGUAUCAUUUUGCAGCAGUGGUCAUGUCUGUGUCUAGCAAAAGCUUGUUUCUAAGGCUCUACCACAACAGCGCUAAGAUAACAUCAAGCUAUAUCACUGACACGGGAUACAAGACUGGGACGUUUGAUGUUGUUUUGUCGUUGGAGAAAGGUGACACGGUAUCCAUAAAAUCCGGACAUAACGGUCAGACCAUUUACAGUGACGGCGAUAACUACAGUACCUUUUCAGGAAACCUUAUUGCAAUGUAA